UGUUCAAAAUGUACAAACAUUGAAAGAGAAAGAGAUCGGUUAAAAACUCAACUUAAUCGGGAAAUUUCUUUGAAGAAUGAAUGUUUGGCAAGUAAAGAUGUUUUGGACAAAAAGCUUCGGGAAGCUCACAAGACAAUUGAAGAAAUGAGACGUAAACAACUUGUUGUUUGUAAUGAUAUAAUUGAAAAUGGACAAAAUGACAGACGAACUGCUCUUCUCAAUGAUAGACCUGAAGUUCCUCCACCUUUUGAGACUCCACGAAUUCGCAAUGUCAACAAUGAAAGGAAUGCAAAAAGGCGACAAAGAAUGGCUAACAGUAUUGCUAGAUCAGCAACAAUUUGUAUUCGAACACCUUUUGUUGAAAACAACAACAACAAUAAUAAUAAUAAAAAUCCAAACAACAAGGUUGUUAAAAUUCGUGAAAAGAAUUUUGAUGGUUUUAAUAAUAUCCAACAAAAGAAGUCAGCUUUAUCAUUCUUUGUUCCGCUUGAUGAGAAUUUUCAUUUAAACGAUAGAAAGGUUUGGAAUGUUACUUUUCUUAUCGGAAGAACGUUUUCUGAAGAAGCUUAUCAGAAAUUUUUGGGAAAUAAUUUUCGACAUUUUCUAAAGAGGCUUCCGAAAGGGGAAUGUUUUUUUUCUUUUUCUGCCUUUGGUCAUUCGCUUUUCGUCAAAUUUCAACUAGUUUUUUGUCAUGACUUUCUUGCUUCAGUCUUCUCCCGAAUUCAGUUAUUUUUGACUAUUCCUUUUUUUAAUUUUGUUUCGGCUCAAAUUCUCAGGGAGCGUUCUGAACAACGUUGGCGUGCAAUUGAAGAAGCUUCUCGCAAACGAGCAAUAAUAGCAGCUAAUCGACGUGCUGUAGCAUCUGACAUCUUAACAAGAAAGCGUCAAUUAGAUGAUGAAGCAAAAAGAAUUCUUGCAAAAGAUUCUUCGUCAAUUUGUGCAUUCCCUAAUUUAUUGCGUCAAAUGCGUACUGCUUCAAGACGGAUAGUGGCUCAAAUUCUCGGAGAGCGUUCUGAACAACGUUGUCGUGCAAUUGAAGAAGCUUCUCGCAAACGAGCAAUAAUAGCAGCUAAUCGACGUGCUGUAGCAUCUGACAUUUUAACAGGAAAGCGUCAAUUAGAUGAUGAAGCCAAAAAAAUUCUUGCAAAAGAUUCUUCCUCAAUUUGUGCAUUCCCUAAUUUAUUGCGUCAAAUGCGUGCUGCUUCAAGACGAAAAUUUGAGGAGUCCCCACACCGCCGCAAAUUAGAAGAGGAAAGGCAAAAACAAAUGUAUCAAGGGAUAAAUCGAAUAAUUGCUCAUGCUGGUUCUGGUGCUAAAAAAUCCGUUAAAGUGGCUACAAUCCGUUGAAGUGUCUU